AUGACACUUGUGAACGGUGUAUGCGAGUCGAACCAGAGCCGCACAGCUAAAUUCGACUCCCCCCAAAUUAGCGUGAGCGCUAGACACGUAGUGCCACGCGCUUAUCAUACUAUCGUCCGCAUCGUUUGUAUCUCUGACACGCACGGUCGCCACCACCGUCUACCACCUCUACCCCCGGGAGACAUCCUCAUCCACGCCGGUGAUCUCACAAAGUCAGGGACGGAACCUAAGAUCCGCAAAGCCCUCAACUGGCUCAACUCCGCGCCGCACCCGCACAAGGUUUUCGCCGCCGGCAACCACGACGCUGCGCUCGCGAUUCCCGAGAGGCGAGAUGUCAUUCUUGCAGACUAUCCGGACCUCAUAUACCUAGAAGACUCCGGAGUGGAACUACUAUUGCACGGUCGCCCCAUUUCGCUGUAUGGCACUCCGCGCACGCCGGCUAGUACGCAAUGUGGGGGCGCGGCCGCCUUCCGCACUAAAGAACAUCUCAAGCGGUGGAUGGGGGCCAUACCAUACGGCACGGACAUUCUCGUCACCCAUGUGCCACCGCGACACCAUCGCGACAUGGUGGGUCUUGGCUGCCGCCACUUACUCGCACGUCUGUGGGUCGUGCGCCCGCUUCUACACGUCUUCGGGCACAUCCAUGCUGGGCACGGCGUCGAACGCGCCAUUUGGUCGGCGGAACAGACAAAGUACGAAGGGGUCUGUCAGAGUGGCUCUGGCUGGAACAACGUCCUGCGGGUCGCAUUUGUAGCGUUACGAAAGACGCUUUGGAACUCGAAUCCGCCCUUUCGCUCUCACAAACACACCUUGCUGGUCAACGCCUCGUCGUUGGGGAAAAGUCGAGAUCGGUCGCUCCGGGAUCCGAUAGGCAUGGCUGCGUUACGAACGCCGGGGCACUAAUGGUUUUAGAGUUGCAACUAGCUAGCUAGCGCUAGUAGUAUUCACUGCUCGUCGCUUUAUACAGUGGCUGGCGUACACGUACAGUGAAGAGCUAAUGUCGUGACCCCCGCCCGAGCUCCAUGAAGCCUCGAAGUCCGGUGCGACAUGGACUUUGCAUAGAGGAGGGCGUGCGCAGUCACCCCAAUCGCCAAUUUCAAGUUGGACGCCGACACGCAGCACUUCGGAGAAUUCGAAGCCAG